UCAUCUUUCAUUAGUUUUCUCAUUUUUCUUUUUAAUGCCUUGUCAGGCAUCUCGGGUAUUUGGAAAGUGUUGACAUUUUGAAUAAUCAUUUGGAAUCUUUAGGGGCUUUACAUAUAAAUCGGUAAGCAAAACGUAAUUUGUACGUCAAUGAGAACCCGUCUUUAAGAUCCGUCCAUUAUGUUUUUGUAUCAGAUUGAAGCGCCAUUGGAAUAAGUGAAUGAGGAAGACGCACAUCUAUGUGAAAUAUGAAAAUGGACAAUUGCGUCAUUGCAGUCUGAUUCUGUUAGUCACUCAAUUUUCACAACAGAAUUCUCAUCUUGGGUGACGUGAAUCGUGAAAAAGGCCCUUAAAAAUGAUUAAAUUGAAAAAAGAAGUAGAUAUGACAAAUCAUACUUUGAUUCUACCUUCGGUGGCUUUUGGCAACGUUGGUCAAUUGGCUGUAGAUUUAAUAAUAUCUAGUCUGAAACUUCAAAGGAUAGGAUAUUUAGUAAACAAUGCCUUUAUACCGAUUAUUGGUGCUGAUCCAUAUGAUGAAAAAUCGACAGAUCUUUGUACAACAGUUGAUUUAUUUCAUGGACCAGAGAAGAAAAUAGUUGUACUACAAAUUCGGUCGCCACUUGUCAAGAAACCAAUAUCUUUCUUCACUGAAUUAAUACAGUUUAUUACGGAAAGAAAAAUAAAAAAGGUGGUUAUUUUAACCAGUAGCUAUGGACAUGAGCAACGAGAUGCUCAAUUAAGAACAGUACCACUGCGUUAUGUUGCAUCUCCCAGCAUGCUCGAAGAAUGUGGUAAUCAGUUUGAGAAUUUAAAUUGGAUACAAUUGGAACCAAAAGUAAUAGAUUUUAUCAACCCCAGAGAAAAUUUAUAUAUUCCUGGAGGGGGCUUUGCAAAGAGUUUAAUAGACACUUUGGCCAGUGCUACUAUUCCCAGUGUAAUUUUACUCCGAUUUUGCUCAGAGGGUGAUAAUAUUCCAGAAGCAGUAGAGUUGACUAAUUAUUUAAAUAAUUGGUUAAAUAUUAUUCAAAAAGAAGAAAGUGGCACAUGUAAAAUAAAAUAUCCACCAUCAUGGAAAUUUUUAUUUGGUAAUCCACCACCUUUGGAAUUGUACUGAUAACUCUUUAAUGAAAAAAUAUGUAUAAAAUAAAAUUUUUUAUGAGAAUACAAUUUAUGUCUGGUCUAAAUCUA